AUGCCUUUACCUGACAAGCCUGCAGGUGCUUCUAAGAUUGCUACAUUCAAUCAUCCCACUCAGCAGGCCCCAGCAGCAGUCUCUCAGCAGACCCUGCAGGCUGAGCUCAUGGAGAAACCCACCAGGGUUAAGCCAAAGGAACCUGACGUCUACGAUGGACCAACGGAUAUUCGCUUCUGGCUGAUGGAUAUAGACGAUCAAUUACGCGAGCGCCUGAUCUCCGGAGCCUUGUCCCAAGUCACAUACGCUAUAAGCUACCUCUCCUAUGUUGAUAUAGAGAGUCCAACGCCUGCAGCUCAAGAAAUACCAUCAUAUCAAACCCCAUAA